GAUACUUUAUAUUCAUAUAUAAAUAAUUUGAAACUGAGUCUAUAUACGAAACCGAAGCAUUUCGAUUAGGUUUUAAUUUAAAUGUAAUUUUUUAUUCGUUUUGAUAUACAAACUCGGUUCUUAAAAAUAAAUACCCCUAAUGUGUUAAAAUGCUUGUAUAAGAGUGUAUAAGACUACAUGUGAGCAUUACACAACAAUACCGGCAACGCUGCUCAGAACAUAUGUUCAGUCGACUGUUGAAAAGAAGAAGAACAAAUGCGGCGCCUGGUUGGAAAUUGGAAUUGCCGAUUGUUAUUUAACGACAAAUCCGGCCAAGAAAUUAUUAGACAUGCCGGUGUCCGCCAGCAGACCACGUCCAGUUCUGAUGCUAAGGAGAAAAAACCGGUGGAGGCCGACAAUAAUGGAUAUGGAGCCAAACACUGCAUGAGCUUAGUUGAGAAAUACGACCACGAAAACUACCUGUGCACCCUGCUCCUCCCGCGGGAAUUGCGACGAGCUGCCUUCGCCCUGCGGGCAUUCAACGUGGAGGUCUCCAGAUCGGUCAGCGGCAAUAAGCUGGAACCGCAAAUAGCUAAGUUGCGCCUUAAAUUCUGGCACGACUCUAUAGACAAAUGCUUCGAGGACGAAUCCCAACGUUCAUAUGUGGAGGACCAGCCUGUCCUGCGUGAACUGAAACACACGGUGGGCAGUCGCAAGCUGAACAAGGUAUAUUUACGCCGCUUGGUCACAGCACGCGAACGUCCGCCAAACCAGAGUUUCGAGACGAUUAGAGAAUUAGAAGAGUACGCCGAACAGGCUUUCUCCUCGCUAUUGCUGUUGCUAUUGGAGGUCGGUGGAGUCCGUGACCUGCAGGUGGACCACGCUGCAUCCCAUCUGGGCAAGGCCCAGGGAAUAGCCACUAUGUUGCGCGCUAUUCCGCUGGCGGGACGUCAGCAGGCUGCUUGUGUUCCUCUCGAGGUGCUUGUCCGGCAUGGUGUCAGUCAGGAGCGUAUUCUCCGUUCCAAAAGCGAUGACAAGGGCGUCGAGGAGUGCAUAUUCGAGGUAGCCAGUGCUGCUAACAACCACCUGCAGCUUGCCAGGCAGCUCGAUGACAAGGUGUCAAAUAAGGUGCGCAAGAUCUUUCUAACUGCUGUGGCCACAGAUGGGUAUCUGGAACGCUUGCGACGCGCGAACUUCCUGCUAACUCAUCAGAGCUGUCUCGGACGUGACUCCCUGCUGCCAGCUCGUCUUUUUUGGAAGUCUCUGUUUAAUCGGUUCUGAUAGCAGUUAUUUUAGUGUUGUUGACUACGUUAAUUAAAACUGUUUAAAAUUA